AGUCUAGACCACAAACUUGUUCAAAAGGUACGUGUCAUUCUUUUCUAUGUGUUCAUGCAAUAGUUGUUCUUCAAACUUCAUAGUUGUUUUACUGUGUUAAGCUUACGAAAACCAACUCCGAACAGGCGUGUAUGUCGUGCUUGGGAGCUUUUGUGAUUGUAAAUCUGGUUCAGAAAACUAUAAAGAUUUUUCUAUAUUACAGUAAAGUUUACAUUAGAUCAAGCCCUUUUUUCUUAAUAGGGUUAGUGCAUUUCUGCAAAAGUAAUAGCUGGCUUAUAUUUCACAAUGCAAUUCAAGUCAAAACUCCAUGCGAGAACCUACUAACAUAAAGAUUAUAAACCAACUCUGGUUUUUCUAACAGUUAUACUUAACUACGAAAAGUACUUCAGGGUAAUGAAUAAGUACAUAUAUUUUUUUUCACGGACAGUGUACUUCAAUAAAAUAUCUGUACCAGACUUUGAUGGGCAUAUUACUGAAGAAAGUACAUAAGCUUAUUUGAACAGGAUUCAGUGCAGUUUAUCAAACAAAGAAGAGUGGUUAUUUGAAGACUUCGGAUGUUUUACAGACGUGAGUAUCUCUUUCUAUUGAUUUUUCUGGGUUCUAUACGUAAUGGGGCUCAGGCUGCAUAAUUUUUAAAAUAUUCCAUUAGUUUUUGUGCCACCACAGUGGCAGCUAGGUAUGUUUCAACAUUUAAUAAUAAUCAUUCAAACAUACCGAGCUGUCCCUUCUUUAUUGUGACUGGACAAUAACUUUUUAAAAUUGCCUGCGUAGCAAGCUUUUCCGCGCGAGUUUUCUGCAAGAGACUAAGUUUGAAGAGGGCAAAAAAAAAAGAGGAAGGAGUGGCCGGGAGGGGCUAACUCGCGCAAUAACUCUAUUGGAAACGCUUGUUAUGCAGGCUUGGUAUAAUAUAAAGUGUUUCUUUAGUUUAAUUUUAAGCUUUGGGCAUGGAGGGAAAUUUUCAUUGAAUUUUCCUGGACUUAAUUAAGUGAUAAUAAGGCUCGAUUCAAACGUCAAAUUUCACAAAUGACGAUGCAUGUACACGAAAUGUAAUGUUCCCAUUCAAAAGCAUUAGGUGCGCUACACAUUUUUAACCGGGUCUUUAAGUUUUGAUAAAGGUAAAGAGAAAGGGGAAUUUUCUGCAGGAGAGGAGCCAUAGUAAAAAGGGAGUAGGGCCGAAAAAUUAUUUGAAACACUACCACUGAAUUUUUUAUCUCAAAUUGCUAUGUUCUUUUACAAUUAUUUCACAGAUAAAAGAAACAAGGCAAAGUGAUAAGUCUCCAGUGGAACGAAACACACAACAGAGGAGGAUUGAAGUUAGAUACAUGGCGUUUGUCUUUCACUUACAUCAAGAAUCAAAAGCACUCUAG